UGAGAUCAAACAUAAAGAUUUAAAUAAUUUAAUUGGGGAGUGGAAAUUCUAACCUCAAAACUCAAUCGCAGAAACGCGCAAUCCAUCGCCUCUCCCUAUCUCACACCAAUUAAUCCAGAUUAGUGAAAAUCUAUCAGUUAGCGUUAGGGUUUCAUCUCGCGUUUUUUCCAUCUUCUUUCUGAAAUUUGUGGUUUAUCUACUUGGAAAGGGAUCCGGCGAUUAGGUUAGGGCUCAGCAACGAUUGAUUUCUGUACAUUUCGAAUUCUUCGGCCUUGCAUCAUCUUUGAGUAUGAAAGGAACGACUUUCUGGUAUUUUCUGCCCAGCAGAUUGAAGUUAGGGUUCUUUUUUGUGAUUUCCAGGUACCCAGUGUAGUUAAUUGUUUAAUUCGAGUUGGAAAAUGCGGGGAUAUGGUAGAGAUGAAUGCUAUCAAUCAGUCAAAGAAUAUGAUGAUUAUGAGGACGAGGGAUAUGGGGAAGCGGAGGAUGGAAAAAAAGAUACAGAUCGCACCAACGUAACUGUGGCACGUCUUGAUUUUAGACAGUGCUUGAAAGAACAACAUAGAAAGAAGUUGGAGAUAGAUGGUGGUUCUUCUCAAGCCAAGUCCUAUGGAAAGAAGAAGCUACCCUAUGAUAAUUACGGAUCUUUUUUUGGCCCAUAUCAACCAGUUAUCUCUCAGAGAGUAAUUCAAGUGACCCAGCAACUCUCAUCUAGGGUUAAUCCCCUUCAACUUGACAAGAAAAGCUCUGGAUCGACAUCUUCUGGAUCAAAAUCUGUAUCAUAUGGCCAGAAACCCAAAGUCAUGAAUGAGAAAAAAACUAAAGUUCAAAUGAUUAGGGAAAUGAGAGAUUACUCACAAUUUUUCUCUAAGGAUGCAGACUGUCCAGCUCCUGCCAAGGAUUGUCCCCCUCAAAAUGUCUCGCUUCCAAACUCUGGGGUGAGGUCAAAUCAUAUGGCGAUGAAAAUCAAACAGUCACUGGAAAGUAAUGGAAGGAAACCGCCGACUAUGAAAGAACAGAUGCAUUCUGAAGUUGGGUCCACUAAGUUAAUUUCUGCACGUAGAAGAAUUGAUUCAAAAUCAAUGGGCACUAGGAAGCAGCUUGAAAGCAAUGAAAAUGGGUCGGGCCGGCCUUUAGGGUCAAAAGGGCUUCCUUUGAAGAUGUCUGCUUCAACUACUGAGAGGAAGACUUCUGCACCUGGUGUGAAGAAUUCCACCACGUCUGGUUUGCACAAACCACUCCCUCCAAAGUUGCAGUCAUCUGUUUCAAGGCAGCACCUGACACAAAAAGCGGAAGUACAUAUGCCGUAUACUAAGCCCAAAGCAAGACAGUCGACAGGAUUGUCAAAACCUCAGCAGAUGAGCAUGCAACAAUUGCAAAAGCAAACCUCACCCCGUACUAUGUAUGAUAAUCGUCCCAAGAAAAAAAGACGGUGUUCCGAUGAUCAGUAUGACCCUGAGGCCGGGAAUGUUCGUGAUGUGAUAAGAAAAAUGUUUCGUUAUAAUCCCGAUAGAUUUGCUGGUGAUGCUGAAGACGAUAGUGAUAUGGAGGCAGGUUUUGAAGAUAUUCAGAGGGAAGAGAGAAGAAGCGCGCUAAUUGCGAGAAGAGAGGAUGAAGAGCAAGCUAGGUUGAUAGAAGCCGAAGAAAGAAAGGAACGGAUGGCCAGGUUGAGAAAGCAAAAGAAGCGUCAGCUGGUUCAUUAGAGAGGGAGCGACCAGAGGGAAUAAAUUUUGCCUCACUUUGAUUAGUUCUUUGGUCACACACACCAAUGAAAGUGGCACCGGUUUUUCUCUUUUAUUUUUUUAUUUUUUUAAAUUUUUUUUUAUCACAAACGGUUAUUUAUUUAUUUAUUUAUAAUAAAGUAACGACAUUACACUAAGAGGUAAAAGAGAUGGUUAGGCUUCACAAUGGUUAGCAAUAAUGUAGUUCAAAUUUGUCUUUGGCGAGAAUCAAACUUAAGACCUCUC